AGUGCAGUUAGUUUCCUACCCUCGCUCUGGGAACAUCUGUGUUUAUUUUUUCCAAGAGUUGUAAAAUCUGCAACUAUAUUUACAAUUGAUAAAAUACUUUUUUUAAUAACUCAAAUAAUGAUUAGUGAAAUUAAGUUAGGAAGCUUUGGACAUAAGUUCUAUAGACGGAUGUCAGUGCAAGUUUCAGCAAAACUCUCAAACACUGAAAAUGGACCAAAAGAGGCAUCAAAACUCGAUCGUGAGUGGUUGAAAGCUAAGGAUUUCAGUGAAAUUCCAGGACCGUCAACGUUCAAACUACUAUCACAUUAUCUUCCUGGUGGAAAACUACAUAAUUCCAAUUUAAUCGAUUUCUAUAAACUACUUCGUGAUGAAUAUGGCGAUAUUUCUCAAGUUAAAGGGAUAAUGGGUAAACCGAAUGUUGUUUUUACCUACAACCCAGCCGAUAUAGAAAAGGUAUAUCGAACUGAGGGUGUUUGGCCUAUACGCGUUGGAUUAGAAACCUUUACCUACUACCGAAAAAAGAUUCGACCAGAUGUUUUCAAAAAUGUCGGAGGAUUAGUUUCAGAACAAGGAAAAGCUUGGGCGGAUAUUCGAAACAAAGUUAAUCCCAUAAUGAUGAAAGUGCAAACUGUUAGGCACAACUUGCCUGAUAUUGAUGAAAUUUCCUUGGAAUUCUUACAAAAGCUAGAAAAACUUCGGGAUCCAGAAACCAAUAAAAUUAAAACAAACUUUCAUGAUGAAGUCAAACUUUGGGCGUUCGAGUCAAUCUGUUGUAUUGGUUUGAACAGAAGAAUGGGAUUCUUAAGCAGUUCAGGAAGUAUUGAUCCAGAUGCUUUGAGACUAUCGGAGGCUAUGUCAAAGUUCUUUCAAUUGAGCUUUGAGUUUGAUGUGCAACCUUCCAUUUGGAAGUACUAUGAAACACCAAAAUUCAAAACCCUCAUACAAACCUAUGACGAGAUAACUGACAUUUGCACCAAGUACAUCAAUGAAGCAACCUCAAAUUUUGGCAAAGGUGAAGGCCCUUCUGGAGUUUUGGAAAAACUCUGCUGCAUUGAUAAACAAAUUGCUGUAGUUAUGGCUAUCGAUAUGUUAAUGGCGGGUAUGGAUACUACCUCCUCAGUUUUUCUUUCAACCCUGUAUAUGAUUGCAAAACAUCCAGAAAAGCAAAAUGCCCUUCGUCGGGAAGUAACUGAAAUUCUUCCAAACAAUCAUACUCCUCUGACAACAGAGAAUACGAAAAAUAUGCCUUACCUUAGAGCCUGUAUCAAAGAGGCUCUCAGAAUUACUCCGAUAACACCAGCCAACUUUCGUCUCACAGGUUGUGAUGUAGUUCUUAGCAACUAUAAAGUUCCAAAAGGCACUGGAGUCUCAAUGGGUAUGAUGCCCCUAACCAAUAGCGAUGUUUAUUUUCCAAAAAGUUCUGAGUUUAUGCCCGAGAGAUGGCUUAAAUCCGGUGAGGGAGCAUGCCCUCAUGCAAAAGCAACGAAUCCUUUUGUGUAUUUGCCCUUUGGAUUCGGUCCUCGGACAUGCAUUGGAAAACGAAUUGCUGAAAUGGAGAUGGAAACUCUCUUAGCAAGAUUAAUUCGAAAUUACAAGGUUUCAUGGUAUGGGGAUGAUCUCAAGUAUACGAGUAAUAUAAUAUUGAUACCAGCUGGCAAUAUGAGGUUUAGAUUUGAGCCGUUAUAAGUCUAGCAUUAUUUUUCGUUUGAUGUUAAAUUAUUUUAAGUAACAGUAUUUCAAAUAUACAUGUAUGAAUGUACAUACAUAUUUACAAAAUGUUUGUUUCGUAAUUUGAGUUAAAUAAAAGAAUGUGAUUGGAGGUGUGGAACUUUUUGCACAUCAAUACUUAAAAUACCUGUAAAGCAGAA